CGGAGCAUUCUGGAUGUCACAAACGAAGCCACAGAGAGGACGCGCGAGGACCAGCAUCGCCGCCUCCACCUCAUAUCCGUCUCUCUUUCUUUUCUUUUUUUUCUUUUGGCUGGCAAAAGACACGUGCUCCGUCCGUGUUCAAGUGAUUUGCUGUGGAUGGUGUGCGAAGGGAGCCGAGGGAUGUCGUCCUCGCCACACCUGUGCUGCCGCCUCCUGGACGGACGCGACUCCUUUGCGCAGCGACUGCACCGGCAGUGAGCGGACGCGCUGCUGAGCCGCGCUCCGAGCGAGGGGAGCGCACACACACACACACACACACACACACACACACGCGGGCAGCGGGAUGGCGAGGACAGUGCCGGCGCGCCUCGGCGCCCUCGUCGCGCUGCUCUCGCUGCUGGCCGGCGCCGCGUGCGUCCUGGGGACCCGAGGAGGGGCCGCGCCGUCGGCCGACGAGGAGCGGGCGGCGAAGGAGGGCGCCGACGCGGAGGCGCCGUGCGAGGCGAAAGCCGUCACCGUGUCCACGCUGCCCGUGCUCCGGGAGAACGAGUUCAGCUUCACCGGCGCGGCCGCGGGCAACGCGGCGGCCGGAGCGGGGGGAGCCGCCGGAGCAGGCGGCGGAGGAGGAGGAGGAGGAGGACCCGGAGGAGGAACCGGAGGAGGAGCAGGAGGAGGAGGAGGGGGGGAAUCCCGACUCCUAUUAUUCGUUAGGACAGACCUACCUGGGCGCAUUUCCGUAAUGGAUGAUCUCGACAACACCGCGCUCCCCUACUUCACACUCGAGAUGUCGGGUACAGGCGAAGACAUUUCUCAGGUGCACUGGAAGCAGCAGUGGUUGGAAAAUGGAACGCUGUUCUUCCACGUGUCUAUGACUGAGUCUGAGCUUGUGGCCCAGACAACACAGCCCACGGCCCGGGAGCCUGCUCAUGUCCUCCAUGAACAUAUGCAUCUGCUGCACAUCUCGGUUAUGGGAGGCCUCAUCGCGCUCCUGCUCCUAAUUCUCCUGUUCACCCUCGUGCUGUACACCCGCCACCGGUGGUGCAAGCGGCGCCGCAUUCCCCAGAAGAGUGCCAGCACGGAGGCCACUCACGAGAUCCACUACAUCCCCUCUGUCCUGCUCGGGCCGCAGGGCCGCGACAGCUACCGGGUCUCUCGAAGCACUCACCAGCACGGCAGCUCUGUCAUCGGCAUGCCCAUCCGCGAGACCCCCAUUCUUGAUGACUACGACUGCGAUGAGGACGACCAGGGCGGACACUCGCUCAACUCCACGCCGAACCAGCUCCAUAACAAGCUGAACGAUGGGAAGGUGCAUGAGGACUAUGGAGUAAACAUUGGCAUCGGAGGACACACGGACAUGAUGUGCAAGGAUGAUGAGCUCAAGCACAACUUUGACAAACGAGCCAUCGACCCGAACACGGAGUCAGUGGAGGAUUUGAUGCAGAGGUUCCAGGACAGUUUCCGUGUUCCCAACACACCAACAGAUAUGUCUCACUACCAGCAUGUCAUGCACAGCUCAUCAACUGGCCGCCGGAGGGUCCCCAGCAACACCAGAGCAACUGGAGGUGUGUUUGGCCCUCAAGGGGAAUCGGGGUCGGAGCCUGAAGAUGACAGCCAAAUGAAGUUUUACACAGAGCAGCACAGGGGACGGAGGCGCGGCAAAGGCCACCCACACAGUCCUCUGAAUAAGGUCACGCUGACGUUGAUUACCAUCAGCACAUGUGCCAUUGCCAUUGUCUAUGCUACGCAGGAUUCCUGCCCCCUCACUGUCAAGGUCACCCUCCAUGUGCCUGAGCAUUUUGUCGCGGAUGGAAGUAGUUUUGUGGUCAGCAUGGGCAGCUUCCUGGAUGUUUCUAAUUGGCUGAACCCAGCCAAGCUAACUCUCUACUAUCAGACCAAUUCAUCCACGCAGUGGGUGAGGGACUACUGCGGCCAGAGGACGACCGAGCCCUGCGAGCAGAUCUGUGACCAGGACACAGGAGAAUGCAGCUGUCACGAAGGUUAUUCCCCCGACCCUGUCCAUAAACACCUCUGUGUUCGCAGUGACUGGGGUCGCAACGAAGGUCCCUGGCCGUACGCAAACUUGGAGAAAGGCUACGACCUAGUUACAGGGGAGCAGGCCCCAGAGAGGAUCUUCAGAUCGUUCUACAGUCUGGGCCAAGGUCUGUGGCUGCCAGUCAGCAAGAGCUUCGUGGUGCCACCGGUGGAGCUGUCAAUCAACCCAAUCGCCAGCUGCAAGACAGACGUGUUGGUUACUGAGGAUCCUGGGGAGGUCAGGGAAGAGGCCAUGAUGUCCACUUACUUUGAGACCGUAGAGGACCUGCUGGCAUCUUUCGGGCCAGUCCGCGACUGCUCCAAAGAUAAUGGUGGCUGCAAAAAGAACUUCAAGUGUGUCUCUGACCGACAGUUAGACUCGUCUGGCUGCAUGUGUCCUGAGGGGCUGAGGCCAAUGAAAGAUGGCUCGGGUUGCUAUGACUACUCCAUGGGCAUUGACUGCACGGAUGGCUUCAAUGGAGGCUGUGAACAGCUGUGCCUCCAGCAGCUUGUGCCCCUUGAAGACGACCCGAGUUCCAGCAACGUGCUCAUGUUUUGCGGGUGUGUGCAGGAGUACAAACUGGCAGGGGAUGGACGCUCCUGCCUCCUGCAGUCAGACAACUGUGAGGGACCAAAAUGCCCACGGCAGGAUGUCCGCUUCAAUGACACCCUGUUUGGUGAGAUGCUGCAUGGAUACAACAACAAAACCCAGCAAGUCAACUUGGGACAGAUAUUCCAAAUGACCUUCCGGGACAACAACUUCAUCAAGGACUUUCCCCAGCUCGCCGAUGGUCUCAUGGUCAUCCCCUUACCGGUAGAGGAACAAUGUCGAGGGGUCUUGUCAGAGCCCCUGCCCAACCUGCAGCUCCUCACAGGGGAUGCCCAGUUCAGUGAGGCGGUGGGCUACCCCAUGGUUCAACAGUGGAGAGUACGGAGCAAUCUGUACAAAGUCAAACUCAGCUCCAUUACCUUAUCUACAGGCUUUUCCAAAGUGCUGAAGACCCUGUCGGCAGACAGCACACGAGAGGAGCUGCUGGCCUUCCUCCAGGAAUACGGCAGCCACUAUGUGUCUGAGGCCCUGUACGGCUCCGAGCUCAGCUGCAGCAUCUACUUCCCCAGCAAGAAGGCCCAGCAGCAGCUCUGGCUACAGUACCAGAAAGAGGCCACAGACCAAGGCGCCGGUGGAGGUGGGCGCCGUGAGCUGAAGUCGGUGCCAUUCAUCAGCUACCUGUCGGCACUGCAGAAGAGCCAGCUGCUGUCUGACGACAUGGUGGAUGGCGUGGAGAUCCGCUGCGAGGAAAAGGGGAGCUGUCCAACCGGCUGCCACCUGUGCCACCACCAGGCCGUGAUGGGAGGAGUGUCGGGGAGAGGCCGCGGUGGCAACGGCAGGAGCGGAGAGCAGCCUUCCCCCAUCCCUGUGCUGCUGGAGGUCAGCCGCGUGGUGCCCCUCUACAGUCUGGUCCAAGACAACGUCACCAAAGAGGCCUUCAAAAGCGCCACAAUGAGCUCAUACUGGUGUGCCGGAAAGGGCGAUGUCAUUGAUAACUGGUGUCGCUGUGACCUGAGUGCCUUCAGCAAGGAUGGCCUGCCUAACUGCAGUCCCCUCAGGCAGCCAAUUUUGCGCCUAGCACCUUACCUGGAGCCCUCAAGCACAAUGGUGGCCCUGGAGUGGAUGGAUGUGGAGCCUCUGAUUGGUUGCAAGGUUUCUGACUAUAUCAUCCAGCAUAAACGAGUGGAGGACCCCACGGAGGCGGAGGUCUAUACAGGUGAGGUCCUGAGCUUGAUGGAUGAUCUGUUCUCCGGUUUGGGCUCGUCCUGUGUUGUUGCGGGGAGGAGAAGUGGAGACCAUCCUCACUCUGUGCUGUAUUCCGUGGUCUUCAAGUGCCUGGAACCCGACAGUCUCUACAAGUUCACUCUCAAUGCAGUGGAUAGCCGAGGCAGUCACUCUGAAUCAAGCUUCGUCUCGGUACGGACAUCCUGUCCAAUGGUGGAUGACAGCCGGGCUGAAGAGAUUGCGGACAAGGUGUACAACUUGUACAAUGGCUACACCAGUGGCAAGGAGCAGCAGAUGGCCUACAACACACUGAUGGAGGUCUCACCUCCGCUGCUAUACAGAGUUCAGCACCACUACAAUUCCCACUACGAGAAGUUCGGAGACUUUGUGUGGCGCAGCGAGGACGAGCUGGGCCCCAGAAAAGCCAACCUGAUACUUCGCCGGGUGGAGAAGAUUAGCCACUACUGUCGGUCCCUCCUGCGUAGCACCCACAUCCAGAGCCGCACCGACACCAUGGCAUAUGUCUACUGCCGAAGCGAAGAGGGACGACCUCCCAGCAACACCUGGCAUGGCUCUUUACACGAAAGUCGCGCCAACUGCAUGGAAAAGCUCAUCUCCGUACAGCGUAACACAUACAGCAACACCAAACUCCGAUGAGUUUGGAGAUGAGCAGUACGUCUUUUUUCUUUUUUUUUUGUCUCACAAAAUGACAUCAUUGAUGGAUGUACUUUGUCACUCCACUCUGCAGCAGGUGUCUCUCAAGUGACUGGUGCGUUUUGAGAACCAGGUGAGCCUAAAAAGAAAAUAACCUCAGAAUUCACUGGACAUUGUGUUUAAGCUACAGAAAAACAUUGUUUUCUGUGGCCUUCUUUUAUUAUGAGACAGGAGAUUAUAGAACAAAUCUGGAGCGAUCACAUUUCUCAAAUGCAAAAUGCCAGUGACUGCACAUAUCAAUGAGAAUCUGCAGUGAGGACAUGUAAAAUAUCAUUCAGCCAAGAGAAACAGCUUGGCUUAAGUACUUUGAAUGUAAUAUUGUAGUCCCUUUUCGGUGCUUUGAGGCUUAACUGGAACAUGUAAGAGAGAAGAAGAAAAAAAAAGGAAAGUAAGCAUAACUUUUUUGCCUUUACUACGUUCAUUUGAAAGGGGAAACUAGGAAAAUGCAUAAAAGCCAUUUGGAAAUCACCAACUUGUUUUCAAGUUCCAAUUAAUUAAAAAAAAAAUCUUCAUGCAUUUAAAAUCAGUAAGUGAGAAACUUUGUAGUUAGUCUUCUAUUACACUUGAUAGAUUUAAUUGAAAUCUCAAGGCUUUGUCUGAUAACAGGACUGACAGCCUGUUGAAGUUAUGCAAAGAAAGUGGGCAGAGUUCUAACACCAUACUCAUUCCUAGACUUUAAAUUCAGUGCCGGAAUCUAUGAAUCCUUUGUUGUCUCCCUUUGAGCGCGUCAGGAAGACAAAUACUAUUCAUAAUGUAGCAAUACAUUUUAAGGGUGUUUAUUAAACUAAAAGUUGACCUGUUGUGCACCUGAGACGACAAGGAAAAUUAUUUUGCCACACUGAAGUCUUUAAAGUGAGCGGUUUAAAUAAUAUGAUGGGUUUUGCGAAACAAAAAUGAAAUCAGUUGCUGUAGAUUUAAUUUCUGCAAACCCAUGUAAUAUGCUUGUAAUCUAAUAAUAACCAGUUGGUGAAAUGUAAUGGGAUGACAUGAAGUUCUGCGAAUGAAAAAAAAAAUAGAUCCACACAGACAAAGGCGAUAGUGUUAGAAACUGUCACAAUCUUGUGACGAGUGGUUCAGACCUGAAUACGCUGAAUGCAUCUUUGAAAAGUCCCUCCCUCGCAGCAGAAUUUGAUAUUCAUCCAUAUUUUUGUGCACUCAUAGAAAACAUGGCAGAUGGGAUAAUAACAUAAUAAUUCUGAAGAACAUUUUCAGGAGGCCGAACAGUUUGUGCCGAACCAAGUGUAACCGUGUUAGGUACCGUGCACUGAAUUGUGAAGAAUUUUGUGAUUGUCGGGAUCAACCGUGGUCCUUUCUCCAGGCCAAUGUCAUAUCUACAAAGCCAUGGAUAUCGUUUUAUGGAAGAUAAAAAUUGCCUUUUUUUCAAUAUUUUCAUCUCAUGUUAUAUGAAUUGUAAUAAUAAAUUAUUAUAUUGUAAAUUUUAAAUUGUAAAAAAUAACAGACACCUGUAUUAUGUGGCUUUGAUUGUCUUUUUUUCUGAAGAAUGUGAAAAAUAUUAAAAAUGUAUAUAAGA